UUGCCACUUGUUUCUCAAUUCCAGAGCUUCAACAUGUCGGAGACUGCCCCAGCCGCUCCCGUGGCUGCCCCCCCGGCGGAGAAGGCUCCGGUGAAGAAGAAGGCUGCAAAAAAGCCUGCCGGAGCUCGCCGCAAGGCGGCCGGACCUCCGGUGUCCGAGCUCAUCACCAAGGCUGUGGCCGCCUCCAAGGAGCGCAACGGGGUGUCCCUGGCCGCGCUCAAAAAGGCCUUGGCGGCUGCUGGCUACGAUGUGGAGAAGAACAACAGCCGCAUCAAGCUGGGUCUGAAGAGCCUGGUGAGCAAAGGCACCCUGGUGCAGACCAAGGGCACCGGCGCCUCCGGCUCCUUUAAGCUCAACAAGAAGGCGGCCUCCGGAGAAGCCAAGCCCAAGGCCAAGAAGGCGGGCGCGGCUAAGCCUAAGAAGCCAGCCGGCGCAGCCAAGAAGCCCAAGAAGGCCACUGGCUCUGCUACCCCGAAGAAGAGCGCCAAGAAGACCCCGAAGAAGGCGAAGAAGCCAGCGGCGGCUGCCGUGACCAAGAAGGUGGCCAAGAGCCCGAAGAAGGCGAAGGUGGCCAAACCCAAGAAGGUCAAGAGCGCAUCGAAGGCUGUUAAGCCUAAAGCUGCCAAACCAAAGGUUGCUAAGCCCAAGAAGGCUGCACCUAAGAAGAAGUAGGUGGCCAGUCCUGCUUCUUAACCCAAAAGGCUCUUUUCAGAGCCACCACAGAUCUCCAGAAAGAGCUGUAAGCACUUGGUUCGUUUUUCUCAUGGAAGCCUGUAGUCGUGUUUCGCAGGGUUCCGGCCUCAACCAGGGGUUUUGCUCCCCACUUCCUGCACCGGUUGGUGCUCAGCUUGGUCAGCUGUUGUGACGCAUCUUCCGCUCCCUGAACUUGGGAUAAGCGCCAUUCGCUUCCCCACAGCUGGACAGCACAGCACAAACAAGUGAAAACGCCCUUUUUCUUAGCCUUUUAAAGGUUUUCCUCGGAUUGGACUAACAGGUAAUUUAAAAUUUCCGCCCUGUUCUCUGGUUGGUUCACUCCCUCCGCCUCUGGCUUUCCUUCAGGGUUUAAUUGGAUGGCAGCCGGCGUUGUGUUCUGUUUUCCUUUGGUCAAGUUGAAAGUUUGCCCUGUCGGAGAAAUUCAAGUGGUAUUUUGUACGUGUGCUAUUCGAGUUGUCAAAACUUCUAGGGAGCGUCUGUAGCAGAUUAGGGUGUGUCUCGGCGCCCGUGGCUUGUGUUUUUCUAUAACAGAGGAAACCAUUGGAAAGCAGCUGCGGAAAGGACCCCCUAAACCCCGAUUGUUUCUGGACCAGGGAUCUGCCUGGUAGCACACAGCCUAUUUGCAGGGUUGUGGCAGGGUUGUAGUGCGUCAAAAACAGCUUUGGGGUCGGCCAUUUUACAUCUAACGUGAGUAAGAAUCGUCCUCACUUGAAGGAUUUCAAUUUCCCAAAACCGGAGUUGUUUUAAACUUUUUAAAUGUGUGAUCUACGUAUAUUUUCGUGCACUUCAAGCAAGUUUAGCCUCCGAUUUUUAUCACUGUUUGGAUGCAUACCCAUAUGCUUUCCCCUUUAAAUGCAGAAAGUAGUUUUUGUUUUUCAUUCUAGUGGAACAGAUUCUGGUGAAGCCCAAGUAAAAAAGGAUCGAGGUCUUGGAAGGCUAUUAGUUACUCAGUUUCUACAAGAAUGAAUCAUGACAGUUUCUUACCUGGGGAGGUUUAUUAAACAGGGAGAAGGGACCAGGAGGCAGCAAAACAAUUCCCCCGUGGUUUCUUCCAGCAAUUUUUAAUGAUCAGUUCUGCAUUGUAAGUUCUGACACGAACUCAUUUUUGUUAUUUCAGCCUCUCCAAUUUUGGUUUUAUUUUUAAAAUAAGCUGAAUUCUUUGAACACAGAGUAAAUUGACAUUCUCUUUUGUUCCUUUGGUUUUUCUUCACAGAAGUUAUCUUCAAUGCCCAGAAUACCUGAUACAGUAUUUACUCAAGUAGUAGUUUCAUAAAUUGUGAUUUUCACAAAGGGACUAGUUGUGGACAGAAGCUAAUUCCAUUAUUGAUGUUCAGAAUUCCAUUUGUUUUUUCCACAUGCACUUCUAGCCUUUCCACCCCAAUCUCUCUCUCUCUCCCUUUCUCUCUCUCUCUUUCUUUCUCUCUCUCAUGUAGCUUUAUUGAUAGUUGGUUAAAUUUAUAAAUUUGUGGAAAUGGGCAGAAUUUUUUGUUCAAGAAAUUUCAUGUUUUCACUUUAACUAUUUCUGUAUGUCUGGAUAUUUCAAAAUAGUUUCCAAAUAAAAUAUGUCUUAGCAUUU